UGCCCCACAGCAUUAGCUUACGACUAGCCAUGAACGUCAUUUUUAAAUGGACGCAGCUUCGCCCAAACGGUGAAACACCAAACAAAUUCCCAUAACCCGACAGCCCACUCCCAGCACACAUUUUCCAAAGCGCAGGGCUGCGGCGUAGAGAUCAUUGCUCCUUCGUUCUCUUCAUCGGCCACACACUCGAUCAGUCCACAAGCACGACUCAUCAAACAUGUCGUUCGAAACGACGGCGACGAUCGCCAACUUCGGCGGGCAGCUUCUCAAACUCAAGCAUCCCGCGAAGACGACGAAUUGCGACAUGGCGUUGAACCUGUUCUUCCCGCCGCAGGCUUCCAAGGGCCCCGUCCCCGUGCUCUUCUAUCUCUCGGGCCUGACCUGCACCGGCGACAACUGCUCCGAGAAGGGCGGGUUCCAGGCCCACGCGGCGAAAAAGGGCAUCGCCAUCGUGUAUCCGGACACGUCUCCCCGCGGCCUCAAGAUCGCGGGCGAGGACGACAGCUACGACUUCGGCACCGGGGCGGGCUUCUACGUCGACGCGACCAAGGAGCCGUGGAGUGGCGGCUACAAGAUGUACUCAUACAUUACGGACGAGCUGCCCAAGGCGCUGUUCGCUCAGUUCGGUGACAAGCUGGACGGCAGCCGCGUCAGCAUCACGGGCCACUCCAUGGGCGGCCACGGCGCCCUGACGUUGUUCCUGAAGAACCCAGGCAUGUACAAGAGCGUGUCGGCGUUUGCGCCCAUCUGCAACCCGUCCAAGUGCCCCUGGGGCGAGAAGGCGUUCAAGGGCUACUUUGGCGAGGAUAACAAGGCCAAGUGGGCCGAACACGACGCGACAGAGCUGGUGGCCAAGUACUCCGGCGACAAGCUAGACAUCCUGAUCGACGUGGGCACGGGCGACAACUUUUACAAGCAAGGUCAGCUGCUGCCGGAGAACUUUGAAGCGGCCGCCAAGAAGGCGGGCCAGAACGUCACGAUCAGAUAUCAGCCAGACUAUGAUCACAGCUACUACUUCAUCUCGUCAUUUGCCGAGGACCACAUCGAGCACGCGGCGAAGUAUCUGCUGAAAUAAGACGGCAAGCUGUGAGUAAUGCUAUGCUGUGCAGACAACUUCUUGUGCAUAUUUGAGACUAGGGACAUGAAUAGCGUGGCAAGCAAUUUGUCCAACGGAAGAGUAAAAUCAACUGUAGAUCCCAAGCUCCUCGUCUUUUGCUGUGCCAUUCUCUUUGAAAGAUGCAUGUGCUCAGUGAACUCUUGAUUCAACUGGGGACUGUCAUGUUGCUCAACUUUCAGCGUUAGAAAAUCCGUGUUUGUUUGAAUCUUCUGCUGUUUAAAAACGCUAAUACAUUGUUGGCCGACAAGUGGAAACCGCAGAACGAGGCUGCACGUAUUCGCCCGUUGUGUCCUACAUGCAACGGCUACGUAGCUUAAUGCUGUAGUCUCUCCUUGUUUUAGGUAGCGAACUCUUGUCAAUGACGUGCU